UACCGUAAUUUUUUGAAAAAUCGAUUUAAUACAAUAAUUUAUAAAAAAAGGGUUAGCCCAUUACCUGAUGUAUAAAAAAACACCAUUAUUUAAUUAUUUUCUAAGUCAAUCUCCCUUGCAUUUCGCGCAAAUCAAACGUUGUUGAGGAGUUUAUUUCUUGAAUUCGUUUUAUUAGAAGAGAAAGAAAAUGAGGGUAGCCAAGUCUCGGGUAUGGCAACCAUGCAAGAAGAAGAGGUAUUUGAUUUAUUGCAAGCUUUAAAAGAAAGGUUUUCUUGAAAAAGACAAGGGAAAAUAAAUUUAAGAGAAACAAAAAGGAAUUUCAGAGGAAGCGAUGGCGAAUCGCACUAGUGCAGCGAGCAAGACACGUGUGGGGAAGUACGAGCUAGGGAGGACGUUGGGAGAAGGAUCAUUCGCAAAGGUGAAAUUUGCGAAGAAUAUCGAGACGGGAGAAAAUGUAGCAAUCAAAAUUGUUGAUAAAGAGAAAGUUUUGAAGCAUAAGAUGAUCGGUCAGAUUAAACGUGAAAUCUCAACAAUGAAACUCAUCAGACACCCAAAUGUCAUCCGUAUGUAUGAGGUGAUGGCUAGCAAGACAAAGGUAUACAUUGUUCUGGAAUUUGUAACUGGUGGUGAACUUUUUAACAAAAUUGCUUGCAGAGGGAGGUUUAAGGAAGACGAAGCUAGAAAGUACUUUCAGCAGCUUAUUAAUGCAGUGGAUUAUUGCCAUAGUAGAGGUGUUUACCAUCGUGACCUGAAGCCAGAAAAUUUGCUGCUGGAUGCAAAUGGAGUUCUUAAAGUUUCAGAUUUUGGUUUGAGUGCUUUACCUCAGCAAGUUGGAGAUGACGGGUUACUUCAUACAACAUGCGGAACACCAAAUUAUGUUGCUCCAGAGGUGAUCAACAAUAAAGGCUAUCAUGGAGCUAAGGCAGAUCUUUGGUCAUGUGGUGUGAUACUCUUUGUCUUAAUGGCUGGCUACUUGCCUUUUGAGCACCCCAAUUUAAUGGGUUUAUAUAAAAAGAUAUUUAAGGCUGACUUCGAUUGUCCUCCAUGGUUCUCCUCAAGUGCAAAGAAAUUAAUCAAGAGAAUCCUAGAUCCUAAUCCAUUAACAAGGAUAACAGUUGCGGAGAUUAUUGAGAAUGAGUGGUUUAAGAAAGGAUUUAUCCUACCUAGGUUUGAGCGAGCUGAUGUUAGUCUUGAUGAUGUGGAUGCCAUUUUCAACGAAUCAAGUGAUUCUCGGAACCUUGUUGAACUGUGUGAAGAAGGGUCUUUCGUACCUGCUACUAUGAAUGCAUUUGAACUUAUCUCAACAUCGCAGGGUCUCAACCUCAGUAGUCUGUUUGAGAAGCAAAUGGGACUUGUUAAACGGGAAACAAGAUUCACAUCAAAAUGUCCUGCUAAUGAGAUAAUCUCAAAAAUAGAAAAAACUGCAAUGCCCAUGGGUUUUGGUGUGAAGAAAAAUAACUACAAGAUGAAGCUUCUAGGAGAAAAAACUGGACGCAAGGGUCAUUUGGCUGUUACAACAGAGAUUUUUCAGGUGGCUCCUUCCCUUUUCAUGGUUGAACUUCGAAAGUCUGAAGGGGAUACCCUGGAAUUUCACAAGUUCUAUAAUAAUCUCUCUACUGGGCUAAAAGAUAUUGUUUGGACAACUACAGACAGAGGAAAAGUGGAAGAAAAGGAUGGGUGUGCUGCUGGGUCUUCUCCACCCAAUGACGGGCAUUCCCAGUCGCAAUGCGCUAUCCGUUGAUUUCUAUUGGGCGAACUGUCAGUCACCGGCGGCUAUUAAAAAAAAUAUAUAUUUAUCUUGUUCUUCGAUAGAGGUUGCUAGAAACUUAAGCUUGUGUAAAAGAAGGCACUACUAUAUACUCAUACCAGCUAUAUAUUUGCUUCUGUAUAAUAUGCCUCAAAUGUGAUGUUCCUAUCAACUGAAUUUGUGAAUAAAUAAAAUGGGGAAAAGAAAAGCAAAAGAAAA